GGGUGAGGGGGGUCCGGCGGCAGAUGCCUUUGCAGAGGACCAAGGAGGAUGUAACGGAGUGUGGGGUGUUGCGGGACAAAAUGCGGGUAUGAUUUGACGGAUGGUGAUGUUCGAACGCCGAUUUGGCGACAUUUAAACUGCUGGAUGUGCUGAAUGUAGCGACAGACUGUGUGUGAAAACACCGACAGCACAAACCGCAGUGCCGAGAGACAUUUCUCAACUAGUGUAAAUGAGAUGGACGGGACAAUUGGGAUGGUGCACUCGUGCAAGACCGUGUCACCUCUGAAGAAAAUGUAGACUGGGCUGCUACCACUCUUCUCCCUGAUUGACAUAACUGGGAUUUUCUGUGUAGAUCUCUCAAACACAACCUUUGGUAGCGAUGGAAACUGGAGUUUUUCUGCCCUGCCUGGAUGAAUUCCUGCUGAGCCCUCUUGUCACUUGGGUGAGGACAUUCGUGCCACAUGAUGGGGACAUGCACUUCGACUUCUCUGUGUUACUGGACGGAGUCUUCUUGAAUGCUGUAAUGACACAAAUAAAUCCCUCGGCUACACCUCAGGGUGCAAAGGAAGUAGGCAGAGAUCCAAGUCAGAGGAUCCAGAACCUGAACCUCCUUGUCCAACAAAUCAAGAGGUAUUAUCUGGAUCAUCUGAGACAAUUAAUCAUGAUUCCUUUGCCAAACGUGUUGCUGCUUGGCAGGACUCCUUACUGUGAGCAAAGUCUGGAGGAAACAAAGAAGCUUUUGCUGCUGCUGUUGGGAUGUGCAGUUCAGUGUGAGGAAAAAGAGGAGUACAUCGAGAGGAUCCAAACACUUGACUUUGACACGAAAGCUGCCAUAGCUGCACAUAUUCAGGAGGUGACCCACAGUCAGGAGAACGUGCUGGAUCUGCAGUGGUUGGAGUCCAGCGAUGUGCACCCAGAUGAGUUGGAGGUCGUAGCGAGGAACAUGGCCACGCACCUCCGACAUGUGCUGGACCAGAGGGACACCCAUCUAGAGACUAUAGCAGAGCUAAUGCAGGAAAAGGAAGGUGUGGUGAGCCUGCUCAAUAGCCCCUCCAGCCCGCAGUCUGGCAGCUACUCCCCCAGCAUGCAGCAGCAGACAGGUACUCAACAACACCUGGCAGUGGAGCUGGCUGAUUCUAAGGCCAAGAUCAGACGACUUAGGCAAGAACUAGAGGAGAAGAGCGAGCAGAUGCUGGACUGCAGACAUGAGCUUGAGACCAUGGAGGUAGAGCUGAAGAGGAUCCAGCAGGAGAACUCCCAGCUGCUUGUAGACGCCCGCGCAGCCCGCACCUACCGGGACGAGCUGGACGCCCUGAGAGAGAGAGCAAUGAAGGCGGACAAGCUGGAGAGUGAAGUGGGACGCUACAGGGAGCAACUGCACAAGAUGGAGGUCUACAAGGCCAAAGUGGAGGAGCUAAAGGAGGAUAACAGGGUGCUACAGGAGACCAAAGAGGUGCUGGAGGAUCAGUUGGCAGGCUGGAGGGCACGCUCCGAUAAAAUACACCAGCUGGAGAAGCACGGUCUGCUGCUGAAGGCCAGGGUCCAUGACAUGGAGCAGGAGAGGGAGGCAGAUCAGAGGCGCACUGAGGAGCUGCAGGAGGAGAACCUGGCUCUGUGUUUGGCUCAGAGGAGGAGCAUGGAGGAGUCCCAGCACCUGGGCUGGGAGUUAGAGCAGCUAACCAAGACCACUGAGAACUCUCAGGGCCAGCAGACUCUGAGCGAAGAGGUGAGUGAGAGGACCUGCAGUCGGAUGCUGAAGCUGGAAAAGGAGAACCGAAGUCUCUUGAGGACCGUAGAGGAACUGAGAGCUGCCUUGAUUAACAGAAACAUGCAGCCCAAACAUAGCCACCACCUUGACGGUGAUCACGUCUGCCAGGGGAUCUGUAGCACCGACAACUGUACCUCAUCAACAGAUGAACCCACAGGGUUGCAAACCACCUGCCCAAAUGUAGAAUACCGCACUAAUGUAUUCCCACACAGUGCAGUAACACAGCAGAUGCUGAAUGGGCAUUCAAACUGUCAUCAGCUAUUCCAUGCAGAAGAUCUGGAACAAGUCCAGAGUAAGAUCCUCCUCACAGAUGAUCCAGACCUUCUUGUUCAAGAGAAAGGACAGCUAGAGGAUGCAGACCAUGGAGACCAUCUCAAAGAGCUGAUGUCUGAUCUGGAGGUCUUAGAAAACAAUCACAAUAGGCUCCAUUGUUUUGUUGGAUCACGUGAUCACUCCCCUGGCUCGAAGGGCAGUAGUCCGUGCCAUGAAAGCAUCAUCACAGGUCUGCCAACACGUUCCUCCUAUGCCAGGAAGCACACACAGCGACUGGAGGCCAAGUGCAGGGCCCUGGACACAGUUAACCAGCAUCUACAGACUUCCCUUGAUAACACUGACAGGAAAGUUCAGCGUCUGGAGGCAGAGGUUCAGGAGCUGGAAGCAGAGAACCAGAGUCUGCAGGCCACUUUAGAGGAACUUCGGAUCUCUGCACGGCGCCUGGAGCAACUGGAAAACGAUAAGCAAAGCCUGGAGCAAGAAACCACAGCCCUGGAGAGGGAAAAGAGGCAGCUAGAGAAAGACAAUCGACGACUCCGCCAGCAGGCUGAAAUCCAGGAAGCCAAUUUAGACAGCAGUAACAUCUGUAUGGCCAGCCUGGAAAGGGAGAUGCGUUUUCUGGUGAAGGAGGUGGAGGGGUUAAGAGAGACUGCUGAGAGGGUCAAAGGCCUGGAGAGAGACAGCAGAGAACUGACCAAGCAAGCUGCUAUCGACCAGAGGACCCUGGCCACCCUCAGAGAGGAGCUGGUGAGCGAGAAGCUGAAGACGCAGCAGAGAGACAAUGAACUGGAGACGCUGGCCCAUGAGUUGGAAAUGAGGGUCCUGAACCAGGAGAGUGCAGAGCAGGCGGAGAAGGAGGCACCAGACAACAGCAGGUUCAAGAUGCUGGAGUCAGAAUUAGAGUCGUCUCUGAAGAAAUCUCUUCAGAUUAAAGAGGACAAGAUGGCAGCUUUAGAGGCUCGUCUGCAGGAAUCCUCCACCCUGAACCAGCAUCUGCGUCAAGAGCUCAAGACUGUGAAGCUGAGCUAUGAGGCCUUGCAACAGAGGCAGGAGGAAGAGUGGACGGCAUCGAGUCCCACCCCUGCCAGAGAGACUGGCAAGGCAAUGAGCGAAUGGCUGCGUGAAAGCCAGGAGGCCACCAAAGAACUGCUGAAGCUCAAAGACCGUCUCAUUGAAGUGGAGAGGCAUAAUGCGACACUUGAGGCAGAGCGCCAGGCAAUGCAGGCCCAGCUGAGGCAGCUGGAAAGUCAGUCUGACAGUCAGCAGGCUCAGAUCCUCGCCCUGCAGAGGCAGGCUGCCUCACUGCAGGAGAACAAUACGGCCCUGCAGACACACAAUGCAAACCUGCAGGUGGAAAAAUCCAGUCUGAACUCACAGAGUGCUUCCCUCAUGGCCCAGAAUGCUCAGCUGCAGCAGCAGCAGUCAGGGACAGAAAGCGAACGGGACAAUGCCAUACGGGAACGUGAAGAGCUGCGCGGUGUUCAAGAGCAGCUAUUAAGAGAUCACGAGCGGCUGGCAGCUCUGCAUGAACGGCAAGCCAUGGAGUACGAGGCCCUAAUGGGCAAGCAUGGCUGUUUGAAAAAAGCCCAUCGCACACUGGAGUUGGAGUCUCGCACACUGCAGGACAGGUACAAUAGCCUGUUGCAGCAGCGGAUCAAGCUAGAAGACCUAGAGAAAGCUGUGAAGGAGGAGCAAAUGAGGAUGGCUUUGGAGAAAGAACAGCACAGGACCACUGCUGCUGAGUGUUGCAGACUCCGUGAUGAGAAGGAGUGGCUGAACCAGACACACCGUCAGCUUGUUAACGACAAUGAGUUGCUGACGGCGGAUCACAAACAGCUCAAGAGCCAGCUGAAUGAGGCCAAGCUGGAGCACACCUGGCUGGAGGCGGACUUUUCCAAACUCAAGAAGGAGUUCCAGCAGCUGGACAUCUCCUCCACAAAGCUCACCAACCAGUGUGAGCUGCUGAGCCAGUUGAAGGGCAACCUGGAGGAAGAGAAUCGCCACCUGCUCAGCCAGAUCGAGACCCUGAUGCUACAGAACCGAACCCUGCUGGAGCAGACUAUGGAGAGCAAGGAUCUGUUUCACGUUGAAGAGCGACAGUAUAUUGGCAAGCUUAAUGAUCUAAGGAGACAGAAGGAGAAGCUGGAGGAAAAGAUAAUGGACCAGUACAAGUUCUAUGAGCCAUCGCCUCCACGUAGACAUGGAAACUGGAUCACUCUGAAACUGAAGAAGUUGAUUAAAUCCAAUAGCCGUGAGCAUGGACCCGACUGCCCGCCGACACCCACACACUCAGGCGUCGCUGAGCAGCACCUCUCCUGUCACGAGAACAACUCCUUCAUCAGCUCAGAUGGCUCUGGAGGCUCAGCAUCCACCUCAGCAGGUGAUGCCAUCUCACCCCAACGUAACAGCACCACCAAAAUGUUUCCCCGUAUGAGGAACAGGCUGAAGGAUAGAGACAAAGUCAAGUCCCUCUUCCGGCGUUCCAUAUACAAGGAUUCAAAUGAUAGCGCUGUGCCAUCUGGAUUUGAGGACAACGACGAGCUGCAAAAUCACGGGCUGAAUGGCGUCCAGAGUCGAGCUCAAAGUGAGAGCAGCGGUGAGUUCAGCCUGAGCCUGGAAAAUGAGCCGUGGUCAAAUGGCAGCAGCCCUGUCCAGCAGCCCCCGUCACGCCGCUCCUCCUCCUCCUCCUUCCUGCCCCCCAGGGAUACCUCCACCCCACAACACACACAGAAGCAGCACAAGGAGAGAGCUUCUACCAUGCCCAUCACCAACAGCCAGACUUCAGUUGUCCAGUCUCUACCAAAGCAGAAAAACCCUGUGCUCUCUCAGGACUUCUGGCUCACAAGGGGUACAAAGAGCAUCCGAAGGGUGUCAAGAGGGAAAGUGACGCGUCGCUCGUCAGAUUCAGCGGGCACAGCCAAAACUAACCCAGUGCUCAAUGGGAUGAAUUCAAAUUCAUGCUGUAGCAAAACGGAAACAACCCGGGCCUUAGCUUGUUCACCUAUCACAGUGAUGUGUGUUCAGGGCAAAUCUUCUUCAAUGUCUGGCUGCCUCAACUGCUUCUCCACCCCUCUGGGGAAAGAGGGGCAACAGAAAGGGUCCAAGUCGCCCAAACAUCUCCCCCGAGCCAGCAGCGUCAUUUCCACCGCAGAGGGAUCGUCCCGGCGCUCCAGUGUAAACAGUGACUGCAGGGCGACGGUCAAGACUGACUCGCUCUCCGUUCAGGUUUCAGAUAAGAGCAGUAAUCCGGAGGAAGCACCGAGUCAACCUGAACCUGAGACCAAUAACAGUGAGCCCGAGCCCAUGCCUCCCGUCAAACCUCCCAGAGACCCGACAGUUGUCGUUCCCACAGAUGGCCCCAAACCUCCCGUGCAGGAGUCACUUUUUGGCUCCUCUUUCACUUUCAACUCUGUUUUCUCAAACACCAUUUUCAGUGAUUCUGUGGUCACGACCAUGACCAGUCUGGAUGCCCUCGAAAACAACAAGUCCUUCCUCUGUCUGAAUUCAUCCCUAGUGCAAAAUGGUCCACUUGAGAGCCAGAAGUUCACUCCCGACACUCCACAAACACUGCCCAACGUGGAUAAUGAGCAGAGUCAGAAUGCAGAACAUGCAUCUGGGCUGGAGGAGAAGGACACGCUGCUCACAUGA